GGGAAGCAAGUCUAGCAGAGCGGGACGGAAGGGAGGGGGGCCUGCUUUUUCUAUUUAUUGCGGUUCUCGGUUCGGAUGAUGGGCAAGCUGAGGGGCGCCCUGAUGCCCGUGGAUCCUAUUGGCAACGCCGGAUUGCUCUGCCAGGCCUGCGGCUUCCUCCUCAUCAACCCCCAGCAGGCGGAGUGCGGCCACCGCUACUGCCUGGGCUGCGUGAAGAGGCUCUUCAGGGACACAGACAAGACGGUGUGUCAUGCUUGUAGGCAAGGCCUGAGCCCCAAACAGUUCCACAGUGACAAAGCUGCGGAGAAUGAUGCGCUCAUCACAGAAGUGGCUUGCCCAAAUUUUGGCUGCACCUGGUCUGGAACUCUGAAAUCCUAUCAGGAGCACGUUUGCCCCCCUGUGGCUCAGUUUGGAAUUGCAAAGGAAUCAGCCUUGGCUCUUGGGGAUCAAGAGGCUGUUGAGGAAAAGAAACUCACCUGGAGCGACAAAAACACCAGCGUGGGCAACUCUUCUUUGAACACGGAAGCUGUCCUGUUGCGUGUGGAGUCCCUGGAGCUGAUGGUGGUCUCUCUGCGGCGGCAGCUGAAAAGCCAGGAGGCCAUGGUGAAGUCUCUCCAGCGCUGCUGUUCCCAGCAUGAGAAGCUACUGAAAACCUCCCCGGAAGCCCACAGGAGCUCCAGAGAGUCCACACCAAAGUCGUCGGAGCUGAUCAGCACCAACGGAACCCUGGUGUGGAAAGUGGAGAACUUCUCCAAGCUCUUGAGGGACGCCACUUCCGGGAAGAAGCGUUCAGUCUACUCCCCGGUCUUUGCUACCCACGCUUUCGGGUACCACCUCUGUGUCCGGAUGUACCCCGACGGAGACGGCACCGGCAAGGGCAGCCACCUGUCCCUCUUCCUCGCCAUAGCCAAGGGGCCCUACGAUGACGUCCUGCCGUGGCCCUUUCAGCAAAAGGUCACCUUCAUCCUCCUGGACCCCACGCGAAGGCAGCCGCCCCGGAAGGAGACCUUCCUGCCGGAUCCCCACAGCGCCUCCUUCCACCAGCCCCACGAGAGGCUCAACGUUGCCAGUGGGAGCCCCCUCUUUGCCAGCAGAGCACAGAUUCCCAGCUACCUCAAGGACGACGCGCUCUAUCUCAAGGUCGUGGUGGAUCCAGCCGGAAUGGACGUUUGAGGGCAAAGGUCUACGAGGCAGGAUGAAUGGUUGUCCUCGGACCCGUCCCUUUCCAAUGCGCUUCCCGAUCUCCUUCCCUUCUGCCUGUCCUCUCCACUGUCACCACUACAGUCCCCCAUUCCAGUAUUGGGUAUUCAGCUACCUCUUUUGAGACUCUCAAAUCUUUGUUCUGUGAAUUAUGAAAUAUCAGCCUGUGAAAUACACUCAGGUAAAUCUUCUGAGCUUUGCAAGAUGGCCGUUGCCCCUUUCACUUCUGACACAUUUGUGGAAAUCUGCUCUUGCUAAAUGCACUGUUCCCGGUGGCCGCUUUGGGUAGGUCUUCAAGGGUGCGUUACACACCAUGUGCUGUAGUGGUUAGAGCAGGGGUGUCGAACAUAAGGCCCGGGAGACAGACUCUGCCCAUCCAGGGCUCUUUUCCCAAUGCAAUAUCGGAGCAGGAUGGUUUCCCCCCCCCCUCCUGACAUCUCCUUG